UCGAGUGAACUUUUGACCCACCGAAGGAACGAGACUGACGGAAAAUUGCAUCCGAAAGAGGGGAACGACUUGACAUCAGAUGGUUAAAUCGGAAAGAGGGGAAGGAAAGACGAACUGAGGGAGCGAGAAUGACGGAAAAUUGCAUCCGAAGCGUCGUAGAAGCCAUUCACUCCUCGCGUUACCAAGCCGUUCUCCAUCUCGCCGGCGGAGCUUCUCAGGUGGUAGGUUUAUUGCUAUCUGUUCCUGGUGCUUCAAAUACUGUGCUCGAAGUUGUGGUUCCUUACUCUAAGAUGUCUCUCAUACAAUUACUCGGAAAGAUUCCGUCCCAGUUUUGUAGCCAACAGACAGCUGAAGAUAUGGCUUCAUUGGCUUAUAAUCGCGCUCUUAAGCUCUCCAAACCAGGAUCCCCAGUUAUUGGUGUGGGUUUCACUGGUUCUUUGGCUAGCAGUCGUUCAAAACUUGGGGAACAUAGAUUUUAUAUGUCAACAAGGACAGCUGACCAACUUUGGAUAUCAAGAGUGACCUUGACUAAGGGGCAUCGCACUCGAGAAGAAGAGGAUAGAGUUUCUAGUCUUCUUUUGAUCAAGGCAAUUGCAAAUGCAUGCAAAGUUUCAGCAACAUCUGUUUCUGUGUUGAGUGAAUCAGAUGUAUCCGAUGAAUGUGAAACACAAUUCAAUGAAGAUCAACAAUUAGAACAACUUAUAAAUGGUCAAAUAUGCUUUAAAAUUUACCCAUUUGCAAAUGAGACACCAUCCGAAAGGAAAAUAAUAAUGCCUGGUUCUUUCAAUCCAUUACACGAUGGGCAUAUCAAGCUUAUGGAAGUUGCUAUUCGCAUUUGUGGUGAUGGGUAUCCUUGCUUUGAAAUAUCUGCAAUCAAUGCAGACAAACCUCCGUUAUCAGUGUCUCAGAUCAAAGAUCGCAUUAAGCAAUUUGAAAAAGUUGGAAAGGCAGUAAUUAUAUCCAAUCAGCCUUAUUUUUAUAAGAAGGCUGAACUUUUUCCAGGCAGUGCUUUUGUAAUUGGUGCUGACACAGCAGUGAGGCUUAUUAAUCCUAAAUACUAUGAUGGUGACUACAACAAGAUGCUGAAGAUUCUUGUUGGUUGUAAAGAAACAGGAUGCACUUUCCUUGUGGGUGGUCGGAAUGUAGAUGGUGCUUUCAAGGUUCUAGACGAUAUCGAUGUUCCAGAAGAACUGAAAGACAUGUUCAUCUCCAUUCCAGCCGAACAGUUCCGCAUGGAUAUAUCUUCCACUGAAAUAAGAAAAAGAAGUGGGAUGUAAAUAAUUUUAUUGACUAAUCAAGGAUGAAAUCACCAACACAAAAGAGAGGGAGCAGGAAUGUUAUUUGAACUAUCAUUGUCAUACUAUUUUGUUAUAGAAUAAACAGAAGUACUUUUCAGGGCGAAGACACGACACUUGAUUCAUAAUACAUGAAGUCCCGUAUGUGUAAAACAUGUACUGAAUAUUCAUGCAUGAGACACAACACUCCUAAUCCGAAAGGGAGAUAUGUCUGUAUAGUGUCCAUGCUUAGUUUUUUGUAGCUGUAAAAGACAAUAAUGUCUCUGUGCACCGUAGAUGACUUUGAUUUGUGUUAGUGUGUAUUGUGAAAGAGUGAAGGAUAUGAUGUAGAUACGAUGGUUUUAGUUAGUGGAGUUUGAGAAGAAUGUUCGUAUCUUAAAUCUU